UGGUUUGAAACAGGAAAACAUCUAUGUCAAGUUAAUCACUAACCAACAUUUUAUCAGAGGAAAAUACCUUUUUCCUAAAUGUAAGAACUCCAAAAAACAUUUUGUAUUUUUCAAACAGUUCCAUGGUAUUAUUAUUGUAAAGUAUGCCAUUUUAAAAUUAUUAAAAUCGUGCCCUUUCUGUCUCCCUCGAUCGCCCGUUCUCCGGUUUUCCUCCCGCCGCCCGCCGCCCGCCGCCCCCCACCUAUCAACCGACCCAACCAAACCAAACUAACCAACAGUUCGCAUUCGGUCUCUAUGCGCGCCGGACGUUUGUUCAACGGCAUGUAUAAUUUUUUUAUGCACAUCAAAUUGUUUAAAAAUCUUAAAAUACCUUGAAUAUUGUUGUUGCAUCGUCUCGGAGUGACGUUCCAGUGAGUUUAGUGAAGAAUAACGCACUUUUCGUGUAAAAAUCGAGGUGAUCGUGUGAUGGGAAAUCACUGAUCAUCUGUUAUGAUGAAACGGACAGGAGUCCCGCGGCUCGGGCCUGAUGAGCCCGCGCCCCUGCCUCCCCAGAAUCAAGCUCAGAUUCAACAAGCUGGUGCAAGCAAUAUGCACACUUUGGCCCAGUCGCCCCAACCCCAAAUUUUGGACAUCCGCUCCCCAGCGGGGCCAGCCACUCUUCUCUCGGUUGGUGGCAGUGGAAGCUUCGCCCGCACUGGCGCUCGGCCCUCAGGAGGUGGUCCCGUCAUCAACUAUCUGAAGACCAGCGCCGUGCAGUAUGCAGCGAAGCAGCCGCCGCCGCCCCAACAAGUCCCUCAGAGGCUUAAGGCCUUACCACCCCAGCAGCCGAAUUUGGGAGCAUUGCCGGCCGCUUUAGGGCGCCAGUCGCCCGCCCCAGCGCCCCUGGCGACCCCGCCAGGCGUGGCCGUGGGACCGGGCGCCCAGCAACAACAAGCCGCUGGCCAAUUCCAACGUCUGAAGGUGGAGGAUGCUUUGUCAUACCUCGAUCAAGUCAAAUACAAGUUCAAUACGCAGCCACAAGUUUAUAAUGACUUUCUGGAUAUCAUGAAGGAGUUUAAGAGUCAGACUAUCGACACCCCGGGAGUCAUCACCCGAGUAUCAAACCUGUUUAAAGGGCAUCCCGAAUUGAUUGUCGGAUUCAACACUUUUUUGCCGCCCGGAUAUAAAAUCGAAGUCCAGAGCAACGGACAGGUGUCGGUGUCGAUGCCGUCGCCCACCGGGUUCGGCGGCAGCAGCGGCGGCGGCAGCAGCAACGUGUUGCUGGGCGUGCAACACCCGCCGCCGCCGCCCCAGCCGCAGCUCGUCCAUCUCCUUCCUGUUGCCCAGGAGGCUGAAAAGGAAGCGGUGCGGCGCGCCGGGGGCCCGUACUCCAAUAUGGAAAUGUCUGUGAACAACGCGAUCGUUCACAAUCUAUCCGUGAACGCGGCGCCUACCAACACGCUGCAUCAGAUCUCGCAGGCGCAUCAGCAGCUUGAAGCAGCCGCUAUACACCACGCUUCUGGACCUGGGUCUGCCCAGCCCGCGAACCCGGCGCACCCCGCGCCCGCACCGCCCAGCCAACCAGUGGAGUUCAACCACGCUAUUGAAUACGUUAAUAAGAUUAAGUCCCGAUUCUCGAGACAACCGGACAAGUACAAGAGGUUUUUGGAAAUCCUGCACGCUUACCAACGCGGACACCGCGAGAUGAAGGAACCUCAAGCUAAGCAGCAGACGGAGCAGGAGGUGUACUCACAGGUGGCGAAACUGUUCGAAAACCAAGAUGAUUUGCUGGCGGAGUUCGGUCAGUUUCUUCCUGAUGCUAAGGCGGUAACCAAACCCGCGCCGGAGAGCCGCGAGCGACACUACCCGCAUGUACGCUCGCCGCCCGUGCCUGCUCACCAUCAGUCGUCCCGCGUGGAGUCGGAGUCGGAGCGGUUCCCGGGCGGCGCCUCCCCGCCGCACGCGCCGCACGCUCCCCACGCCCCCAUACCGCACCAUCUGCCCCAUCACCACCACGCUCCUCAGCUGCCGAAGCACACAGGUUCCACAUCCAGCUCGGUGUCAGCUCCGCCGCAAGCGCACCAUCAUCUCAAACGAUCUCCCAGCUUCACGUCAUCUAGCCAGAUGGCAGUCGGCGCACCCCCGGCAAAGAAGUCUCGUCUAUCAGGCCUGACGGGGGCUACGGUCCGCGACGUGUCCUACGCCGAAGCCUCCAAGCUCGCCACGGUGCAUGAGUUCAAUUUCUUCGACAGGGCGCGCAAGGCUCUGAGGUCGCAACAUGUCUAUGAUAACUUUUUGAGAUGUCUAUUACUAUUCACAAACGAGAUAAUAUCGUCGUCGGAGCUCCUGUCGGUGACGGCGCCGUUCCUGUGCCGCCACCCGGAGCUGCAGAAGUGGCUGCAGGACUUCCUCGGACCGCCUUCACCCCCACACACUCCUACUAAUACUUUGCAUAGCGGCACGAGCUACAACAGCGCUACGUUCGGCGGGGCCAGCGGCGUGGUGUUCGAGCGCGAGCGGCCCGCGGCGGCCGACCCCAAGCUGCGGUACGAGCCCAUCGGACCGCUCGGCGCGCAGCUGCGACACGACCGCCCGCAGGGGGACGCCGCCAUGGAUAUUGAUUUAUCGACAUGCAAGCGCCUGGGCACGUCGUACUGCGCGCUGCCCCGCGAGGCGGCGGCGCGGCGCUGCUCUGGUCGCACGGCGCUGUGCCGCGAGGUGCUGAACGACACGUGGGUGUCCUUCCCCACCUGGAGCGAGGACUCCACCUUCGUCACCAGCCGCAAGACGCAGUACGAGGAGUACAUCUACCGCUGCGAGGAUGAGAGGUUCGAGCUGGACGUGGUAAUAGAAACGAACGCGUCAACCAUCCGCGUACUGGAAGGCGUACAGAAGAAGCUUGCCCGCAUGACGACAGAGGACGCGGCCAAGUACCGGCUGGACGACUGUCUCGGCGGACACUCGCCCACCAUACACCAGAGGGCGCUGCGCCGGAUUUACGGUGAUAAGGCUGUAGACAUCAUAGCCGGUUUGAAGAAGAACCCCGUGGUCGCCGUGCCAGUCGUGCUACGCCGGCUAAAGGCUAAGGAAGAUGAAUGGCGGGAGGCGCAGAAGGGCUUCAACAAGCAAUGGCGCGAACAGAACGAGAAGUAUUACCUGAAAUCCCUCGACCAUCAAGGGAUUAACUUCAAGCAGAAUGAUCUGAAAGCAAUGCGGUCGAAGUCUCUGUUUAACGAAGUCGAGUCUGCGUUCGCGGCGCGGCGGCCUGGCCCUCAUGUUGUGGUCGAUUACAACAUGCAAAGCCGGCAGGAAGCAAUAAAAAUCCUUCGCGAUACAGCGGAACUGCUGAUACACCACGCCCGGCGGCAGACCGCCAUUCAAAAGACGGAGAAGCGUCGCAUCAAGCAACUGCUCAGACACUUUCUGCCUGAUCUCUUCGCUCAUCCGCGACAACCCUUGUCUGAUGAUGAGAGGGAUGAAGAAGAGAAAGACGAGGCUGGUAGUCCGGGAAGUCCGACCACUGAGAACCCGGAAGACAAGAAUACCAAUGAUGUUAAGCAGGAGAAACAAGAGUCAUCAGAAUCUGACAACGCUUCAGACAAGAGCGGUAAAAACAAUAAGAAUAAAGAAAACAAGCCCAAGAACAAUAAUAACACAGAUAGCAAAGAAAGCUCAAUUGGUUCAGCGAACAGCGUGAAGCGCACUAGUAGUAACGAGGAAAUGUCAAUGAAGACUGAUAUCAAGUCGGAGCCGCAGGACGUCGAGGAGGACUAUAGAGAUCAUCCGCCUAAUGAGGCCCGGUUUGUGUGCACGUCGUCGUGGUACCUGUUCCUGCGCGUGCACGGAGCCCUGUGCCAGCGGCUGGGCGCGGCGCGGCGCGCGGCCGCCGCCCUGCAGCGCGCGCGCAACGCCGAGCGGCCCGCGCGGCCCCCCGUGGCGCACGCGCUGCGCCUGCGGCCCUCCAACCUGCCCGCCGCCGCCGCCGAGCCCGCGCACUACUACGCCGUGCUGCUGGACCUCGUGCGCGCCGUGCUCGACGGCAACAUGGACGCGCCCGCCUACGAGGACGCGGCGCGCGAGAUGCUCGGCAUCAAGGCCUACCCCGCCUACACGCUCGACAAGCUCGUCAGCAUCGCCGUGCGCCAGCUGCAGCACUGCGUGGCCGACCCCUGGUCCGUGCGCGCCGCCGACCUCGCGCGCUCCGGCAUGCGCGGCCCGCACAGCUACGUGCGCCGCGCCGCAAGACUGCUGCGACAUGACCACUCCGCCUUCCUCGUCAAACUCUACGGCGGCGACUCCUGCCGCGUCACCUUCGAACUGCUGGCGGCGCGCGCCCCGCCCGACGAGCCGGCCUGGCGCUACCGACCGUCCGGCGCCCCGCCGCCGCCCAAGCCCGUGUUCCUGCGGCGCAACGCCCGCGCGCGGGCCCCGGGCUACACGCACAACGCGCACUCGCAGGCGGCGCCGGCCGCGCCCGCGGUGCACGCGCGCCGCAAGCCCCCGGAGUGCGGCGCGCCGCGCCUGCUGGCGUUCCGGCCGCUGCAGCUGUACCGGCGCGGCUGCCUGGCGGCGGCGCGCGCCUCCCAGCCCCGCCAGGCCGCGCGGCGCCGCGACACGUUCCGCGCCUGGCUGCGCGACCGCGCGGCGCCCUAGCGCUCCGCCCCCCUCGCCGCCGACACGUUUUAGUGCCGCGACCACGGACUCCGCUAUAGUGCGCCUAGUACGCCUGUCUUACUGUAAAUAUUCGACAGUCAGUGAUAGUGUUACGACCUUGUCAACAGAUCACAAUGUUAUUAUAUUUAUAAUAAAGUGUAUGCGUUUCAUUUACACCUCACAUGUAUAAUGAGCAAUAAACUUCUGAUUUAUAGUCUCUCAUGUGGAAACACAAUCGAUUCCUAGAUAUUUAAAUACAUUGUAUAUAUAAAAUAUGUCGUUACACAACACAGUGAACGUGUAGGUACACUUCAACAUAACUAUACAUUAUAUUCUUAUAGAAUGACAUAGUUCUUGACGAAAAUAUUUGUUUUAUAACAAUUAUAUGUCUGGUAGACACUAUAAAUCUAGUCAUUCAUGAUUGUAAGACUCGAAAAUGUAGAUUUUUGACUUCAAACUAUUGUAAUAAUCACUACAGAAUUUGACUGACUUGGUGAAGUAAUGAUAAUUACGGCUACCGAGCAUAAAAUAGCUGUUUCAAUCCAUACAUUGGGUUAUAAUGUAAAUGUUAAUAAUUUUCAACAAUAGUUUUGUGUGAGGUAUUUGGUAAUAGACUCUCAAUGCGAUUGCCCCUGUCUGACACAAUCUCAUUAAUGUUUCAAGGCAUCUUACUAUCUGUAUAAUAUCUUAUAUGUACUGCUCUACUCCUUCAACAAAAAGCGUGAUUUUAUGUAUAUAAUUUACUUUUUUUAUGAAAACUUCUCACUGUCUAUAAAAAAAGUACAAGCUAUGACUAUGGCUAAACAAACCAUGUAAUUAUUAUAAAAAUUGUCUUGUACUAGCAUUUCAAACUAUCUAAAUAUAUUGAAAUUGUCUCAAUAAUGUAAAAUAUAAAAUUAAAAAUGGGAUAGAUUGAUUUGCAAAUGUCGAAACAAUAAUUUAUUCAAUCUCAUUGUUAUAGUAAAGAAAUACUCGAAUUUGUUAAUUGUAUGUAUCGUAGAGAACAAUGGAAAUUGGAGCUACAGCGUAAUCACUGUACUGUCUAAUAUGUAUGUAAAAUAUUGUAAAAAAAGAAAAGUAAGACAGAAUUUUUAAUUUUUUAAUAAAAGUAUUACAAAUAAAUA